UAUACCUGUGAGAGGAUGGAUAAGCUAAUAUAGAGAAUGCCUUUGCAAGUAUAUGUAGUUACGAACCGGCUGCAGGAACAUUGGAAUACCAAUACAAACAAGAUGUAUACAGCGACAUGCAUGAAUAACCAAUGCAAGCAUAUGCAUCAUAGCAUAGAUAACUUAACAUGCUAACAAUGAGUGUAUAUAUAUAGGCUCCAAGAGCAAACUGUGCUUAUACAAACGAGACUGUAUGUGUGCAUAAUGUAUAUAGCAUGUCACAUCGAUGUACAUGAUCACACAAACAGGACUGGUGCAACUUUACGAUAAUCGAGAAAAUGAAAACACGAUAGAUGAUAUUGUGACACUCGAUUUGGACAGCACUUGUAGUGGAUGAUAGAUGUACGCAGCAAAAUGGCGAACGUCUGGCUAUUUUGUUUGCUAUGGACCUUGUUGGAGUUUACAGCAUUAAUACGAUGUCAAAAUACGUCAUGCCAACAGGGAUAUUUUGGAACCAACUGCUCUGAUGUAUGCCACUGUUACUAUGGCGACACAGAAUGUUCGACCAAUGGGACAUGCGAAUCGGGUAACUGCACUCUGGGAUGGGUGAAACCUCCUACCUGUCAAAUAGAACUACCGUCAUUGACUACUGCGCCAUCUAUACGAAAUGUGACGGAUGACGUGAUAAUAUUGUUAUGGAAACCAUGGAACCAAACAAGCGAUAUAGGGUCUCCACCUGUAGUAAGAUACAGUGUUUACUUCCAGACGUCCCAUUUUAACACAUCAUGGGUGUAUUAUGCUGGGAUUCCACGAGAAAAAGAUACAUCUACUCACAUUUUAGCAUUUUCACGACUUGACCGCCAGGGGGAGUACAGAUUCAGUGUCGUCUGCGUUUGGUUUGAUAACGAGGCAAAUGUUGAGAUGAAUGGUAUAUUCAGUCCUGCAACAGAAUGGGUUCGAUUCCAAUCACCAUCAACUGAUGACAUCAUAAUUAAUACGAAUCUUGAAAAUAUGACAACGGUGCCAACUUUAACAGCCAACGAGAGUUUAUCCAAUACUUCAACCAUCACUUUCUAUGAUACGACUGUUCUUGAGGCAUCUACAGCAGCAUCAACAAAUACGACACCCGGGCGUCCUUUAAGCUUAAAGCUUGUGGCUAGAUCGUUUAGUAGCCUGACACUUACAUGGGACCAUCCCAGUCCAGUAGACCAUAAUGUGACUCGAUAUAAGAUAAAAACAGAACUGUUGGAGUCCAUCUUACCUGCAAAUCCAUUCUCAGAAGAAAUUAUUGUGAAUGCCUCAAUCGUGAAUUGUACGGUCACAGAUCUUUCACACGCCACUCUGUAUCAAGUCUCAGUCUUUGCAUACAAUAUUCUUGGCUGGGGGCAACAACAGAUACGACAAUAUUUUACGGAUUUCUAUCCACCGCCGAAGCCCCCAGUACCCCAAAUCGUAGAAGGAAAAAUAACAAGUUCUAAUUUCACAGUAAUUUUAGAUUCUGCGAGUAUUUCUACAGGACCUUUGACCGCUUAUCGGAUAAUAGUAGAAGCCAUUCCAUCGCUUUCCCUUGAAGAACGGCGCAUGCGUAGUGCGUCACAGAUUCUUGAAAUGGAUAAAUUAGUGGACUUUUCGUCUGCGCAGUCAAACGGUGUUAAUGUUUAUGUUACCGCUCAAAUAUUACCAACACAGUUAUCACGCAAAGUAGAGAUCGUAAUCGGAGAUGGAAAAGUAUACGAUGGUUUCUUCAAUGCACCUUUAGAAUCACUCACUUCGUAUAUCGUGUAUUUAGCCUACAUAAGUACUCUAGAUGGGCAGACGAAAAGUUCAGUCAGUAGCCCUAGUGAAAUCAUAACAACUACAGCAAAGAUUAUCCCAACUACGGCAACACCUGCUUUACAGAUAAAUAAUAACGACUAUAUCACAAUCAUUGGAGUCCUCAUUGGGAUAAUUUGUAUCCUUGUAGCUGCGAUUGCAGUUGGAUUGGUUAUCGUAUUUGUGAAACGUAACAGGGGGAGACGCCAAAAUACGGAACAUAAAAUGGCUGAACUGGGUCAAGUGGCCCAAUCUGCAACUGGUGCUAUGAACUCUCACAAAGGAAAAAAUGAAAGCAAUGGCUCGGGGAUAAUGUCAAAUGGGCAUACUGGGAAUUCAUCUCUGGGCUUGUCUACUAUACAAUUAUCAGGAAUAGAUAAAGUCUCUCAGAAGGGGAAGAUGAAAGAAACAUCAAUAAAGAUCCCAACGACAGAAAGGAUGGUUUCGACAAAACGAAAUAGUAAAAAAGCUGAAAACGAACAUCCGAUUGAUGUAAAUGACCUCUAUGAGGAGUACAUGAGCUUACAGAAGGGUGGUGCUCUUACUAAAGAAUUUAAAGAAAUACCUAAAGCAACAGAUGAACCAAUAACUGAAGCACUAAGAGACGAGAAAUCAUUCAAGAAUCGUUUUAAAAAUAAAUAUAUCCCAUAUGACAAACACAGAGUGGUCCUUGAUACACUUAAUUACGAUCCUAGCACAGAUUAUAUAAAUGCAAGUUACGUGAGGGCACCUGGUAUUAAGCGUUGGUACAUUGUGACUCAGGAUCCACUACCUUCUACAAUUGACGAUUUCUGGCGCAUGGUUUGGGAACAAAAUGUUGAUACAAUCGUAAUGCUUUCCGAUGACGCAAGAGGUAGUAUAUAUUGGUCGGAAGGGGGCGUAUCUAAUUAUGAUGACAUCACGAUACGCUUAGAAAGCAUUGAGACGCUUGCACACUUUGCCAUUCGACGAUUCGAGAUCUCAAAUACAGGGUCACGUGACAAGCGAAACCUAAAUCACUGCCAGUUUAAGUCCUGGACAAAACAAGGUGUUCCCUACAGUCACGUAUUAUUCGCUGACUUCAUUGCAAAAGUUCAAUCGUUAAAACCAGAUAAGACCAAAGGCCCGAUGCUCCUUCACUGUUUAGACUCUGUCGGGAAAACAGGAGUUUAUAUUGCAAGCGAGGCCUUAUUAAAACAAGGUAUAUCUCAUUCAAAAAUCGAUGUUCCGAGAUGUGUCCAGAAGAUACGAAACUAUAGACCACAUUUAGUGAAGUCGUCUAAACAAUAUUCAUUCAUAUACGAUCUUCUUUUUGAGAGCUUAUAUUUUGGAGUUACUACGCUAAAUACCAAUGAUAUAAAGGCAGGCAUCAAGGGAUUGAGUCAAAUUAAUAAAGCAACUAAUGCUUCUUACUUGCGUGAUCAAUUUGAAUCAUUGACUACAUUCGAGAAAAUUCUGUCCCCUCGGGAUGACGCAAUAUCACCAAGGGAUGCCCCGGUGUUUGAUUCAUAUACUAAUCUAGAAGCCUAUAUCGUACUGCCAACAGGCAGAAACGAUUUUAUCAAUGCACUUCGGGCCGCUUAUGACAACAAAUCAUCUUGUAUUAUUUCAAUGACAUCAUCACAAGGAAUUACACUGCCAGAACCUGAUAAUAGUAGACAAUACGGUAUCUACGUUGUACAUACGAUUAGCUCAGAGAACGUCAGUGACAAAUACACUAUUAGGAAUCUAAAAAUAAAACUGGUAAACGUUCCUAAAAAGAAAUUCAAACAAAUAAAAAUGUAUGAAUUUUCAUUAUGGAGCGACCAUAUCCCUGAACUUGAGUCAUUUUUAGAGCUACAUAAGCAGUUAUCACUUUGGAUGCAUAGCUAUCCCAAUGAAGGUCCCCUCAUAAUCUAUGGAAUUGACACAAAGAGGGCGCUGCUGAUGCCUUUAUUAACUAUGCUGUUUGAACGAAUAAAGAUGGAGACAUCUAUUGACAUCUACAGGUGUGUCAAGUACUACAAUAGUAAAUACGAACACGUCAUCGAUUCGUGGGAAGAGUACAAAUUCCUGCACAAGGCUGUUGCCGAGUACUCAAAAUCCUGGAAAAAUGAAGCAUACAAUUCCAUAUCUCCACUGCAUGACGGUAGUAGAAAGUUUAGUAUUGAUGCAAGCUCAAAUAGACGCUAUAGUCUGGAUGACGACACAUCAGAUUGUCCCAAACGUUACAGUGUAGCCUAGAAACCACCACGGAUCCGGAGUAUGACGUUGUUGAAUACUACAGCGCCUCUUACAGCAAAUUAAGGCCUAGACAAGUUCUCUCGAGUUCCAUCGAGUUUCCAAUCCAUUUUUAGGUCCGUGAAGUCAUGAACAAAUAAUAUCUUGUGUUUGACAAUAACGAUGCACAGAUUUAAGAUGUAAGAGACACAACUAAUAUUUGGCGAUGCUCAGAAAUAUUAUUGCACAGAUUCAAAUUCCCCAAAAUUUAAUAUUGCAUGGCAAAAUUAUGAACAGUAGUCAGGGGCGUAGCCAGCUUUCAGUCAGAGGGGUUGCGAUCGCCAAAAGACGGUUUUCAGUCAGGUUGUGCGAUUAUGGCAUAAACAGGCCAAAAAAUA